AUGUCUCUUGCUGCUUUGCCCAGCGAACUCCUCUUCCAGAUUUUGGAAAUCAUUAGUCAGUCAGCCCCCGACGAUAUCGAGGACAUAGGCCGCGCGUGUCGUCGCGUCCGACUGGUGGCGACGCCUCUCAUCAAAGAGCACCGCAAGCACCUCAGAGAGUUCACCAAGCUCCAUGUCAACAACGCCGGGGCAGGGAAAGUGUUCUUCGAGAUAUGCAGAAGACCUUGGGUGGCGUUGUACCCCCGCAGCCUGGAGGUGGUCACAAGCAAGCAUCUGAGGACUUUGGAUAGAGCAAAGACAAAGAAGCAUGUCAACCUCAUACAGGAGUUCAAGGCCGCAAGGGACACUGUGACGACGGAGCAAUUGGAAAGUACUAUCCAGUCUACGGGUUUGAUUCCUUCUCAAGAGAUGCAUGUCUGGGUCAGAGCUAUAGACUAUGGAGAUGAGGACUACCUCUUCGCUCUGUUGCUAGCCACAUUACCCAGCUUAGAGCGGUUUACAAUAGAGAUGGAUGGGGAAAAGAUGGAGCAAGUGAAGGAUAUGGUUCGAGCUAUUAGGAGAGAAUGGCCUUCUAGGCAGACUCUUCCGAAUCUCAGAACAGUACGCGUUGAGGAACGGGCGCAGCCAAAUAACAGUGACCUAGAGAUGUUUCCGCUCUUCGCUGCUAUACCUGGAAUAGAGAAAAUGCAUGGCAAGAGUCUCACCGGUAUGUACCGCGAAUGCUAUCGUGACGGAUGGCUUUCAUAUCCUGGAGCGAGUAACAGCAUCACUUAUAUCUCGCUUGAGUCCUGUGGCAUGUCUGUCGAGGGUCUCGAAUCCUUGAUGAAAGCGUUACGCAAUCUGAAGCACUUUCGUUACGUUUUUCACCGCGCCAACUGGGGUCUGCAUGCCGUAGGCGCCCUUCUGAAGAACGCCCAUUCAACGCUGGAGACGCUGGAGCUCUCCACCGGUUCAGGCAGCUCCCGUUACAUGGGAUCAUUGCGGCAGUUCAGCGCUCUCAAGCAUGUUACCGUGGACGCCGAUAUGUUGAUCAACAAGGGAAAGAUGCAACGUUUUGUAGAUUUGAUGCCUGCCAGCCUCGAAACCUGUACUAUCGCUGGAAACGUCAUGACGAAGAACAUGCAGGAACUGUUCCUCGCAGAUCUAUUUAGACCCAGCUUUUACUUUCCUUACCUGAAAAGCAUUUUCGCAGAGGACUCCUGGGGUAAGAGGAACAUUGGACAAGAUCGACUCAAAUUUCAGAAGGAGUUUCAUAAGCAGCAGACGACCUGGAUGGCGAGGUACAGAUGA